CGCGAUCAGUAGCCGAACGAGACACAAGUCUUGUAGUUUUUUUUCUUGGUAAAUCUUCCGUUAUAGCGUCUUUGGUGGCAACUACUGAAACACCGGUAAAGCGAGUCCAGCUUAGUGUUCCCGUAACCAGAAAAACGUCGAGGAAAGUGUCUUUUAAGGGAAAAACUCUAUUCCAAAAUGGAAUCACAUGAGAAAGAGAAUAAUUUCAGGGCUGCCAUUGAUAACGCGGCCUUUGAAAUGAGUGAAGUUUCAUCAGCAAAAACCAGUCCGCGAAGACUGAAGGACUUGGACGACCUUUUCCCGUACAUCGGUGACUUCGGCUGGUACCAGAGGAUCCUCUUUCUUCUUAUGAUACCUUUCGGCUUCUUUUUCGCCUUCGUCUACUUCGCCCAGAUAUUCAUGACGAUAGUCCCUGAGCAGCAUUGGUGCAGAGUGCCUGCUCUCGGAAAUCUGACAGUAGAAGAACGGCGACACCUAUCAAUACCUCUUCUAGAAGAUAACAAAUACGACAGAUGUCGCAUGUACGAUGUAGACUGGGAGAAGAUUCUGGAAAGCGGAGUGACAGAACCUGACAGGAGCUGGCCGGUAAAGAAGUGCCAAGACCAAUGGGAAUUUAACUUCACUGAUGUUCCUUACGAAACAAUUGCUACGCAGCUAGGAUGGGUGUGCGACAGAGACAACUAUCCGGCGACUGCACAGUCGAUCUUUUUCUGCGGAGCCAUCGUCGGAGGUUUACUGUUCGGAUGGAUUGCAGAUAAAUACGGGAGAAUACCAGCAUUAGUGGGUACUAAUAUGACGGGUUUCUUCGCGGGCGUUGGCACAGCGUUCUCCAAUAGCUUCUGGUCGUUCUGCUUGUGCCGGUUCCUAGUCGGCCUUGCCUACGACAAUUGCUUCGUCAUCAUGUAUAUUGUUGUGGUUGAAUACGUGGGCCCGAAGUGGCGAACGUUCGUCGCGAACAUGUCAAUCGCGGUGUACUUCACGUUCGCGGCUUGCCUGCUUCCCUGGAUCGCACUCGCUGUAGCUGACUGGAAGAUUUACACGCUCAUCACCAGCGUACCACUUGUUCUUUCCAUCUUCACGCCCUGUGUGGUACCGGAGAGUGCCAGGUGGUUGAUAUCACAGGGUCGUUUCGAUGAAGCAAUCAAGAUUCUCAAGAAAUGCGAGAGAGUCAAUGGAAGGAAAAUACCGGAUGGAAUAUUAAAGGAAUUUAAGGAGACAGCGACAGAAAUAGCAAGAUCCGAGCAAGAGGUGAAGAACUACUCAGUACUGGACUUGUUCCGUACUCCUCGGCUUCGACGUCACAGUCUACUGCUGCUGUUUAUCUGGAUGUCUAUCGCGAUGGCGUUCGACGGCCACGUGAGGAACGUCGGCUCUCUCGGCCUCGACAUCUUCCUUACCUUCACUGUCGCUACUGCCACUGAGUUCCCCGCUGACGUCCUGCUUAUACUCACACUGGAUAUAGUGGGACGUCGCUGGCUUGCGUUUGGUUCCAUGGUGAUUAGUGGAAUCUUCAGCUUACUGGCAACCACUGUACCAUUAGGUAUACCUUCAGCGUCGUUGGCGAUCGUAGGUCGGUUUUCAGUGAACAUUUCGUUCAACAUCGGCAUGCAGUACGCCGCUGAACUGCUGCCGACGGUGGUGCGCGCGCAGGGCCUCGCUCUCAUACACAUGACGGGUUACGUCGCCACCAUACUUGUGCCUUAUAUUGUCUAUAUGGCGACAAUCGCGACUGAGAUCCCGUUGCUAAUCCUGGGUACAAUAGCAAUAGCCGGGGGAUGUCUGUGCAUGUGUCUCCCUGAGUCCACGGGCAGGGAUAUGCCGCAAACCCUGCACGAUGGAGAAGAGUACGGCAGGGGACAGAAGUUCUGGGACAUGCCCUGCUUUAACAGAAAAGCCAAACGCGCGGUUGCGGACCUCAGUUGAAACUAAAUAUCUGCAAUUUGAUGUGUUCAUAGUUUUAUUUUCAUGUAUUAUUUGUUUAAAUAAUGUAAUGAAAUAAUAAAAUAA